CAACCAAAAGGAAUUACAACUUGGACCUAAUUGAGGAGAUAGGGGGAAUCAUACCUAAGUGAGUUCCUGAACUGUAAUUAGUAGUUUUACUUAGUUUAGUUAGUAGGGUAGUUUAGUUAAUCAAUCCUUAAUAUGAUUUGCUAGAUAAUGAACUAAAGCUGAGUAAUAGUACAUCUAGAGACCCGAGGAUUCGAUAUUUAUUACUUGCACCACUAUACUGCAGUCCCUUUCAUUGGUUACACUUGGCCAUUGUUAGGUGUUGUGUCGUAGCGUGUUAAGUUUUUGGCGUCGUUGCCAGGGACUUUCUAGAUUAUUAGGAAAGGCAGAAGUUUGUUAUUUUAGCGUUUUCUUUUCUUUUCCACCCUUGCUUUUUACUUGGGUGUUUUUGUUUUUGUUGGUGCAGAUCUGAAUCAUGGAUCCUCAUGGCACCAUUGGGUGUAUCCACCACCAUCCGAAUGGUAUUACCCCGAGACUCCCUGGAGCAAUCAAGGAGGAUAAGACUAUGGAUUCGUGUUCCAGUACCAACCCCCUUACUACGGUGAACAAUCCGACCCCCUGGGCAUAUCAAGAACAACCUCAUUAUCAAGAAGAAUUUCUCCCACAACCAGAAGGGCCAUCGGAGCUGGAGUUACCCAUGGCGACCUUCACGGGCCAUUCUCCAGAGCCAUGCUACACUCCACAGCCAGAUCCAAACUAUGAAUUGAGGCUUCUCAUGGAGCAUUUUGCUCGAGACAGUGAGAGAUCAUGCUCCAGGAUGGAUCUUUGUACCCAGGCCUAUCGUGAAACAGAGGAGAUCCUCCUGAGCAUUAAGAAGUGCCUCGAUGAUAUUGAGAAAUCUUAUGCACAGUGAUAAGCCGUUAAUUGCACAUGUUUUUAUUCCUAUUCUGGAGCCGUUUGAGGUGUUAAUUCUCGUGUUUUAGGCCGAUUUCACGCUAGGUUGUGUUUGUUUGUGAUAUUUCAGGUCCUAGCAAGUGAAUGAAGGUUUAGGAGCGAGUUCGGGGUCGAUUGGACGAUGAUCGGGCGCGAGGCAAGUCAAAAAGGAAGACACACGGGCACACACACAACUCGCACGGCCGUGCAAGUGUCCAAGGAGGCCGUGUGGGAUUGUGCGAGAGCUCACACGGGCACAAUUAAUUCCCACACGGCCGUGUGAAGGUGUAGUUUGGCUGUGUGGAAUUCUGCGAGGCUUCACACGGCCAGGCUGGGUGAGCUACACGGCCGUGUGACCCUGACCGUGUAGGAAGCCUGAAAUCCAAUUACUCGGAACGCGGCGUUUUGACCUCACACGGGCAACUGGGUAUGCCACACGGCCGUGUGGCCCUGCCCGUGUGAGUCGGGAAUUUCUGGUUUUUACCCAAUUUCGGGCUGAAAGUGGGAGAAUCGAGUUUUCAGAGCAAAAACAGAGCCCUAGAGUGAGAAAGUACGAAGAACACAUCCUAGAAGCUAUCUUGGAGCUGGGUUUCAUCAAAUCAAGCUUGGAGAUCGUC